CCGCUGUAGUCGCCCGCGAACGCGAGUGCAUCAGUGCCCUUACACCACAAACACUGACACUCCGACCUUCACUCCGUGAGAACGAGACAUCUAUAUCAGGUGGAUCGUAUAUAGGAUGUGAACUGGUGCGGACACGCAGGCUGCAUCUCCGCCGCUCACAGCGGUCAUGGCGUUCCGGAGUUAGUGCCACGUGGUGAUUGUGGGAUCGGGUGUAGCGGCGGUAUGCGCGUCGUAUUGGUAGCGCUGACGGCGCUGACAGCGCGCGCGCUGGCCAGCCCGCACGAACACAGAGCGAGACACCAUGCCCCAGAGCACCCACUCCAUUUCCCCGCACCUGCCCCGCCACAGCCUUAUCUUGGCCACGGCGAGGCCGUUCGUUAUAACCCCGACUUAGAUACCAUUCUACCACGUAUAGAUGAGCACGAAACCUCAUCAAAGCAUGCGAAAUUUGAAGAUGCUGAAACCUCUUCCAAAAGAGCGAAAUAUGACGAGAGGCUGUACUCCAAUCAUGAACGGGCCGAAAAUGAGGAAUUUAUGGCGGACGAACCACAGUUUGGACCAGAUGACGAUGAUCCAUUGGUUGUUCGAACUAGGAAAGGGAGAGUUCGAGGUAUGACGUUAACAGCAGCAACGGGAAAGAAGGUAGACGCUUGGUUUGGUAUACCUUAUGCUCAGAAACCAAUUGGUGAUUUAAGGUUUAGGCACCCGAGACCUAUAGAAGGUUGGGGAGAUGAAAUUUUGAAUACCACAACCCAGCCACAUUCCUGCGUCCAAAUUGUAGAUACAGUGUUUGGAGAUUUUCCCGGGGCGAUGAUGUGGAAUCCUAAUACGGACAUGCAAGAAGACUGUCUCUAUAUAAAUAUCGUAACACCUAAACCACGUCCUAAGAAUGCAGCUGUUAUGCUAUGGAUCUUUGGUGGAGGAUUUUAUUCGGGGUCUGUUACUUUAGAUGUUUACGAUCCAAAAAUUCUCGUUUCUGAAGAAAAUAUUGUUUAUGUAUCAAUGCAAUAUAGAGUUGCUUCCCUCGGAUUUUUAUUUUUUGAUACUCCAGAUGUACCUGGAAAUGCUGGUAUAUUUGAUCAAAUUAUGGCGAUGCAAUGGGUCAAAGAUAACAUAGCGUAUUUUGGUGGGAAUCCACAUAAUAUAACAUUAUUCGGUGAGUCCGCUGGUGCUGUUUCAGUGUCUCUGCAUUUGCUAUCACCGCUUUCUAGGAAUUUAUUUUCUCAAGCAAUUAUGCAGUCAGGGGCUGCUAUGGUACCUUGGGCUAUAAUAUCUAGAGAAGAAAGUAUUAUCCGUGGUAUUCGAUUAGCUGAAGCUGUUCACUGUCCGCAUUCUAGAUCUGAUUUAGGUCCAAUGAUUGAUUGUUUACGAAAGAAAAGUGCUGAUGAAUUAGUGAAUAAUGAAUGGGGUACAUUAGGUAUCAGUGAUUUCCCAUUUGUUCCUGUAAUAGACGGAUCUUUCUUAGACGAAAUGCCUAAACGUUCACUUGCGCAUCAAAAUUUUAAAAAGACAAAUGUUCUUAUGGGUUCGAAUACUGAAGAAGGUUAUUAUUUUAUUCUGUACUAUCUCACAGAACUAUUUCCUAAAGAAGAAAAUGUAGGGAUUACGCGAGAACAAUAUAUUCAAGCUGUGCGAGAAUUAAAUCCUUACGCCGGUGACAUUGGAAGGCAGGCUAUAAUAUAUGAAUAUACCGAUUGGUUAAAUCCAGAUGAUCCUGUAAAGAAUCGAAAUGCUCUAGAUAAAAUGGUGGGAGAUUAUCAUUACACGUGUGGUGUAAAUGAAUUUGCUCAUCGAUAUGCUGAAACUGGAAAUAACAUUUAUACUUAUUACUAUAAACAUCGCAGUAAGAAUAACCCGUGGCCAUCAUGGACAGGUGUUAUGCACGGGGAUGAGAUAAACUAUGUAUUUGGUGAGCCCUUAAAUCCAGGAAAGAAUUAUUCUCCAGAAGAAGUUGAGUUUAGCAAACGUUUGAUGAGAUAUUGGACUAAUUUUGCUAGAACUGGGAAUCCAUCUUUGAAUCCUAAUGGCGAGAUGACAAAGGUCCAUUGGCCGCUCCAUACUGCAUUGGGUAGAGAGUACCUGACAUUGGCGGUAAACUCAACUGAAGUUGGACAUGGUCUACGAGUGAAACAAUGCGUUUUCUGGCAAAAAUACUUGCCCCAACUAAUGGCUGCUAUGAAUAAGCCACAGCCUAAGGAGAACUGCACUAGUAGCGCAACCUCGAACUGGCUUUCGUACGAUUUCCUUGGCAUCUACUUAGUCACUAGCUAUGGUGUUGCGCAAACCAUAAUGUACAACUACCAUUUUAUAUGAAGAUUAUUUGACGUAGUAACUAUUCCAACAUGAGCCUUCUAACCAUCUCAUUCGGUUUGAUUUGCUUCGUCGAUAACUGACUUCAACUCGUCAAAUUCUAACAUUUUUGUAUUAUAUAUUAUAAAUAAUGUAUGUAUAUUUUGCCGUCUUAUGAAUCUCUGGGAUAUUUUAUUAAGUAUUAACUUAUUUUUAUAUGUAAAGUUAUAGAAAAUAUAUUUUAAUUAUAAGCCACCUCAAGUGUUGCAUUGCGCUACGUGGAUUGAGAUUUCAGUACCGAUUUAUCUAAUAUUAUUAUAUAAAAGCGUAUGUUCUAUAUAUACUAAUGAAAUUAAACGUUUCCUCAUCAAUUUGUAUAGAGUAUAAAAAAAAACAUUAUUUUAAGUUUGCGAAUAUUUAUUUCAAGUAUCUAACUCAUGUAAAUUAUAAUAUUGUAAUUAUUUAAUAUAUGUAUAACUUGUGUGCAAAUUAUGCAUAAUUUGGAUUGAAUUUCAGAAUUACAUAAUAUAUAUUCAUUAAUAAAUCGUUAUUGAAAUAGCGAUUCUAAGUCCAUUAAGUAUUCUAGUGAAAUGUUGCUAUUAAGUUCCAUAAAUUAAAUAAGUAAUGUAAAACUAUUGUUUAUGAUUUAAUGUUACAAUCUAUCUUAAAGGAGUGAUGUCUCCAUCAACAUAUCACUUGUUAAUAACAAAUUAUAGAAUUACGUAGCCGUAAUUUUGUCAUAGAUUAUAAGCCUCUACAUAUCUUUCGAGAUUAGGUUAAAUAUAUGAAAAAUUUCUGCCAGGAAUGAGUGAUGUUAUGUAAAAAUGUAAACUGUCUUUUCGAAUCUAAACUCUUAAAGGGACAACGUUUCUCUGCGUGAAUUUCGAGAAGUUUAAACGGCGUAAGGAGAAGAUAAAAUAUUAGCUUUAAUACGCCUCUAUUGCAAUACAUAUCACGCAAGGCAUAGAAAUGUUUAAGUUCAUUCUAGCCUUAGAUUAAGUUAAGUGAAUAAGCUAGAUCAUUUCACAACUCAGUAGCGGACCAAUAUUAGAAAGUUGUACAUGUAAUAAUGGUUCGUGUAUAUUGACAGUUUCGGGGUUAUUGUAGACAUGCAUGGAGGUCGAAAAUAAUAAUUGAGAUACUCUAAAUUGUAUGAAAUUUUAAAUAAAAAUUGAUGAAAUGAAUGUGCCUGGACUUGAAGUUUGUCGUAAUGAAAAAAAGAACUAGAUCAAUCUGGUGAUGAUGAACGAAACGAUACGAGUCAACGAGAAUAUGAAGACAUUGAAUGAGGCGUGAUGUGUACAGUCGUUAGUAUACUGAAUGUGUUAGAACUUACAAAAUUAGUACCUUAACGUUUAGGGUUGAUACACCUAGAUUAGAGUUCGUAGUGCCCAGCGGUUCAGCUUUCAAAUAUUGGUAUAAACAAUUUAAUAGAUGAAUCUUUACAAUUCGAGAUUUAAGAUAAAAAUUACUAUUACAAUAUACUGUAAGGUUAAUGAAUAAACCCUUGUAACAGCUGCAUUAUAGAUAAUGAACAUUAUUUCAUUGUUGUAUAUAAAGUAUGAAUGUUAGUGAUCGUAGAAACUCGUGUGGCCCGAAAUGUUAUGUUGAAUUUAUUUUUAUUAUCUUUAAGAGCAGGUCGAACGGGUGCCUAUGUGGUAAUAUUUAUUGAAUAUAAUCUGUUGUGAAAGACGAUACCUUAUGAGAUAGUAAGUGCUAAUCGUAAAGUUACUAGACCUUUCGGGCUUACGUUCCUUUUAGUUUCAUAUUAGGCGAUGUGUAUACAAAUCUCAAAUGUGUAUUUGUAUGGGCUGUGUUGUCUUAAUUCGCUGAUGUUAGUACCUAAUUGUAUAGUAAAUAGUGUCAAUAAUCAUUCUAGUUCACGUUUCAUGUUUCACGGACUACGCUUAUUUAAAACCUGCGUAUGUAAACCUAUAGAGUGCCUCUUGUUCACUUUUAUAUAUAUUGAUAUGAUAUUACACUGUAACAUAGGAUAUUAGUAGUUGUAGUGAUGCGUUCCUUCUUGACAUAUCUGCACUAUUUCUUUUAUUAUAUUAUGUGAUAUAUGAUGGCCAAGGAAAUUGCGCAGUGCCAAAGUAAGAUGUUGAGGUAAUUGAAUUUUUAACACCGGCUGAUAUGGCGUAAUUUUGACAAUGAAAAGUUCAAUUAAACAGUUUAAUUUUUUUAGGAAAAUCUGUAAACGUUGUAGACUGGAUGGCUAAAUGUGCUUUUUUGCAUCUGUGAUACAAAAAGUGUGUUCUGUGGCUUAAAGACUAACUUUCAUCCAUACACAAUCAUUCAAAUUUUGAACAAUUGCAUCGUUUUUGGUAUGCAUUAUUAGCAACUGUAUUGCAGGUACACUAAAACGGUCCUAUUUGUAUUAUAUUUAUUAUUUUGGUUCAAUAUUAUUGGUUCGACAUAAAGUUAUUAAUAAUUUAUUAAUGCUUGACAAGUACCUCAUUACAAUUUGAAACAUUUGAUCGUCAUAAACUAUUAAUGGGUUUUUAAUACUUAUGAUUUUUAAAAAAUAACGUCUAAAUUAUCCAUAUAGGCAUUGCUAAUGAAAUGUCUAUGUUACUAAUCUUCCGGUAAUAAUUAUAUUUUAAUAAUAAAUUGACUUAUGAACAAUUAUUUGAAAUAUCAAAUAUUACUGUCAUUAUAUUCUAAAUUAUUCUUACACCAACUGUCAAUAAUUUAGGUUUAGGAUAUUGUAAAGUAACCAGAACGGAGAAUGAGAAAAUUUAGCAACAUGUCAAACAGUACAAAAAUCACAAUGAAUGGUUGUUUAUGAGAUUACAGCAACAUAUAACUUUAUACUUAAUUAUGGCUAUACAAAAUUUCUUCCAACGAUUUUAUUUUGUUAAGAAGAAAACGCUGUCAUAAUGUAUUUCAUUGUUUAAAUUAAAACAAUUUUAAUCAAGUGCUUCUAUUACAAUAUUGUGUAGCGUCUUUUUUAUACUUUAAUCGCAGGUAGAAUUAUGGACGGAAUUCAAAAAAGUUUCGUGAUCGGUUUGAUUAUGUAAUUUUAUUGCUAUUUAAAAAAAGAAAUUUGUAAUUUACAAAUUUAAAGAUAUUAAUCAUAUCUUUGACAUAUAAAAAUGUGUUCUGCGAAUUGGAGUUAAAAAUUGUGCAAAUAUUAUAAUAAAAACUAAAAAGACCGGUAUAUUUGGUAUAUAAUUGAGUCGCGUUGAGUAAGUUAAAAUGAAAUACAAAAACUUCAACUGUCUACAUUCAAUAUUUAAAAUAUGGCUUAUUAGAUUCUAUAUUACAUACCUACACGUAACAUCACAAAAUAUUGAUCUGUUUAGCAUUGUUUAUUUCACAUCCUUUCGUAUAUAAG